CGCCAGUAGCGUAGCGCAUAAAGCUUGCGAAUUGAAGCUUAAGUUAUCGAUUCAAACACCCACUCAACCACUCAACUGCAAUCAACACUAUCUAAACAAACUACACUCUUUACCUCGCCUACUUAAGCAACUCAUGCUAUUUACUAGAAUUCUUUCAUAAAAAUACGAGACGAUGGCAGACCCGCUACCUGGCCCGGGUCUCUCCUUUCCAACAAAUCCCCAGGAGUUCGAACAGGACGACCGAAUCUCCUUCUCCAAGCUUGAUAACAAGUACAUCGCGGUGCAGGAAGACGGGAGCGAGUUUGAGUGGGAUUCCCAGUUAAAGCGGUGGAUACCCGUGGUUGAUGAGGAUCUGCUCGCCCAGCAGCAGUUAGCUUACGGCGGCAGCGCGAGCCCUGACAAUGAACCGGACAACGGUAGUAAUAGCUCUAGUAUUCCCAACAAAAAGCGUAAGACAGACCAGCCGAACGGUCGUGGAGACGCGCCUCGGGGUCAGCAGCAACGUCCCAAGAAGAGGCAAAAGCAGCCACCGCAGCCGCGCCAGAACACGGCUAUAUAUGUCACCGGCCUACCCCUCGAUGUGACCGUAGACGAGGUGCACGACGUGUUCUCGCGCAAAUGCGGCGUCAUCGCCGAAGAGAUCGAUAGUGGUCGCCCGCGAAUCAAGUUAUAUACAGACGAGAAGGGCAACUUCAAGGGCGACGCUCUAAUCGUCUUCUUCAAGCCCCAGAGCGUCGACAUGGCCAUCAUGCUGCUCGACGACACCGAUUUCCGGUUUACCUCGUCGGGGCUUGCGAGCGGGCGCAUGCGCGUCCAGGCCGCCGACUCGAGCUACAAGAAGAUGAACUACGAAGGCACCAAGGAAGAGAGCAACGGGAACGGCGCCGACGAAGGUACCAGCGAGCGCAGCAAGCUUAUCCUGGGCGCGGGCAAGGCGCCCGACCGCGCGCGCGAGCAGGACAAGCAGAAGAUCAUCCGGCGGACGCAGAAACUCGACGCGAAGCUCGCCGACUGGGACGACGACGACCCGUACGGGGGCCAACUAGAGACCGGCGCGCGGCGCGACCGCGUAGUGAUCCUACGACACAUGUUCACGUUGCGCGAGCUAGAAGAGGACCCGGCCGCGAUGCUAGAAAUCAAAGAGGACAUCCGCGAGGAGUGCUCCAAGCUCGGGCCCGUGACCAACGUAGUGCUGUACGACCUCGAGGAAGAAGGCAUCGCAAGCGUGAAAUUCGCAACGCCCGAAGCCGCCGAGGCUUGCGUCAACCUCAUGGACGGCCGAGCGUUCGACGGCCGCACGGUCCGCGCUACGAUCGCGACGGGGCGCGAGCGCUAUCGCAAGUCGGGCAAGAAGCAAGGCGAUGACGCGGAUGCCGAUGACAGCGAUAGCUGAUGGGCGGAUGGAUGGAUGGGUUUAUCGCUAUUGCUACUUACUAUGCUUUAGGUACUUAAUAUUAUGAGGCCGCACUCCCUUGUUGUGUACUAUAUACGCCGAGGAGUGCUGCACCCCGCGGGAAGAGUUACGAUGUACGAUUAUUCAGGGCCCGGUAUUAGCGACUAGCAACGCUUGUGAUUUACGCGGUUUACUUGAAAAGGUACCUACCUAAGUUAUCAAAACGUGUUCCUCUGGGGAUAGUUUGCAAGAACAGCGGAGAAAAUCAUAACAGUUAAGCAAAUGCUAUUCCUUAUAUACAGGUUGCUGUAGUUCAGUUAUGGCCUAUAUACCGAAAGUAGGGAUAUCAGGGGGUCUUGCUGACUUAAGCCGAUACAACGACUUACUUAAGACCUGUGUCUACAUACCUUAGAUACACAAACAAGUGAACUUCUCUUAAGAAUCUGCCAUACGUUCCCCAUGAAUGUCACCUUCUAAC